AUGGUCCGAGGUCAGGCGGAGAUCGCCGCGCUGCCCAUCGACGAGGAGGUCGCCGCGCUGGACGAGGCGCGCGCGCUCUACGCGACCUGCCUCGUCGGCUGCCACCUCUCCGUCCUCGCGGCCUGCUUCGCGCGCGUGACCGUGGCGGACCGCUUCGACGCCCCUCCGAUCAGCGGCAACCCGCUCAACGUCGUGCGCGGCGGCGCGGGCUACGCGCUGCUCGCGUCGUUUCUGGGCGGCCUGCUGCUGCUGCUGCUGCAUCGCGCGUGGCUCGGCCGGCGGACGCGCGCGCGGCUCGUCGUCGAGGAGGCGGCGGUGGCGCGCAGAGGGCCCGACAAGGCGAUGGCGCCGAAGGGAGCGGCGGAGGCGCCGGUGCUGGAGCAAGGGAAGGUGUGGGGCGUCCACUACUGA